AGGGGUGCUUUUGUUUCUACGAGAGAGAGAGGGACCGAGAGCGAGAGAGAGCUCUACUGGGGCUGAGGCUGAGCCUGCACCGGAUUCAUUGUUGUUGUUGUUGUUGUUGUUGAUGAUGAUGAGGCCAUUGUUACCUUUUCAUUGAUGAUCACGGUGUAGGAGCAUCUGCUUGGACGCAGCUUCUCACAUCGAGAGAUAGAGCGAGGGAUAGUGAGAGAGAUAGCGACACAGACACACUUGGAGUGUCAGUCAUGCAUUGUUGGUAUGAGAAUUUUGGUAGUUUAGGAGGCUCGAUUCGAGCGAUGUUGGAGCACGUAAUAUAUGAGAUUGCACCGAGCGUUGAGAAGCAGAUGAAGCGGGGAUAAUUGAGAGCCCACAAUUGGGAGGAGGAGAGGAGAAGGGGAGGUUUGCGAAGGCGAAGCGAAGCCGCGUCAGAAGGAGGAGAGAGGGGAGGGGGUGAGUUGGAGGAAUGUUCGAAUGAGAAAGAGAGACGCUUCGUCCCCAGGGGUUUGAUUUGGUGUUGUUGUGGUGGAGAUUCUUUGGGUGAGACAUUCAGAUGCUCACAUCGUCUUGGUGCCCUCACACGGGACUAGUUGAGGAUUUCGCUGUGACUCUGUCCACCAGAGCUCACAAAUCUAGCCCGCUGCUGGGUCGUUACACCAGGUUGUACGGGUUCUGUCCAGGGUACUCUUGAAAACGAGACCACGGAACCUAGCUGUACAGAUGUAAUUUUGGGUUCUGGAUCGUGGAUUUGCAUGGAGGAUGAGGGGUGAUGGUAAGGGAAAAGUAGAUGAGGCGAGGAGGGGCGUUGGUAGGGGAGGCAAAGGUGGGUUCGUGUCGACAUGAGAGUCAAGCAGGCAGGGUCACAAUCGACGUCGAGUAAUCGACGACCCCCACAACAUAGUUCGUGCAUGGAAGCUUCUUUCAAGGCUGGGAGAGGCGAUGACUGUUGUGGAGAUGCUGGUUUGGCUGGAAGCAGGAUGCGGGAGCCAACGGGUGGCAACUACUCGCUAGUGCGUCACAAUAGUGCAGUAUUUGAGCAUGAUUUUGAAUCCAAUCGAAGUGGUUUGGUCCACACUGCUAGUGAAGUGAGAGAAGAAAUGCAGUUAGGGUUGCCACACGGCUCUAAGGACCACAUGAAAUCGGAUGGAUGCGGCAGUGAUGGUAAAUCAGGGCAAAGUAAGGUCAAGGAUGGGCUAGUGAGGCAGGUUUCGCGAGAAUCACAUGAGUUCUCGCAGGAAAUGUAUUCCUCAUCGUCUACGUCCGGAAAGAGUGGUCACAUCAAUAGCUUUGUGCUGAAGAACUAUUCACUGCAUGACAGACGCAGCUUGAGUCUUCCCAUCGGUAAGGAAUACUCCAUUAGUCGUACUCUAUCGUCGGAGUUUCAAACGCAUGUCGAAAGCGACAACAACUCUAGGAAUGUAACAUACUCUGAGCGACAUACGAGCGUCAGCAACUCAUCCUCCUCCUGCGACGGUGCCGAUGGGUACUACAUGCAGGACAUCGACAUUGAAGCCGAGAGGCACUCCAAAUUCACUCUAUUUUUUCAAGCGGGGACAACGCUCCUCACCGUAAUGGGGGCCAUGUUUAUUUUGUACGUGUGUAUACGAUUCUUGACGUCUGCCACUAGUAUUAACUUUGGAGAUGAACCUAGGUUGAACCGCAACAACAACCCUGGUUUGCAGCAUGAUAACAGCAAUAGUGCUUACUCUCAUUGUAGGCUCUUUGUCAAGGUAUGCCCUUUACUAGGGCUGUUUACUGCGGGGUUUGUAGUGGUGGCUAGGACAUGGGUGUCGGAAGGUCGGUUGUGGCGAUGGGCCCCGACUUCUCCGAUGAACUGUGGUCACUGUGAUGAUUACGAUGAGAACCGACGUCUGGCCGAGGAGGCCGAUGAGAAGGUUCGACAGGCUGAUCGAUCUAAGCAGCAGUUCAUGGCCUAUGUCUUUCACAAUAUAAGAGUGCCUUUUAACGCCAUUGUUUUGGGACUCGGUCACAUGCGAGCUCUCGGAGACGGAAGUGGCAUGGUAGGAAAUGUAGCCGAUAAGAUGGACUUAGUGCAAAUGAUGCUAGACUGCGCGGAGACAAUGACGAGUGUGCUUGACGACGUCACGGAUAUGGGUCAAUGGGAAGGUGGGCAGAUGGAACUUCACAAGGAUGAAUUUGACAUUCUUGCGGUCAUAAAGUUUUUAUCCUGGGGCUUGAAGGAUUUGUUGGAGCAGAAGGACAUUGCAUUUAAAAUGAAUAUUGACAGUUUGGCAAGCCAGCUCCUAACGUCGCAUCGAGUUAUCGGAGAUAAGCAGCGUGUUGUACAAACUUUAGGAAAUUUUCUAAGUAACGCGGUCAAAUUUACGCCAUCUGGAGGCAAGUUAGAUCUGGAUCUACAAUGCGAGGAGGUUGUGGAGAGCAAUAAUAUUGAAGAUCAUGUGCCGAAUACUUCUCCGACCACCCAAACAAGCGAGGGGUCGUUACUGGGGGCUGCUGGCAUCCAAAUCUUGUCAAAGACUUCAUCUCAGGUGAAGUCUGGCAAGGGGAAAGUAGCGAGGUUGCGGCUUUCUGUGAAAGAUAAUGGAAUUGGAAUAUCUGCUCAAGACCAGGCAAAGUUAUUCGAACCGUAUUCAUUUGUAACUUCAGGAUGGGUCCUGAAAGCAGGCGUUUCUGGGUUGGGUCUGAGCAUGGCAAAAAGGUUCGUAGAACGCGCUGGAGGGAGCAUCGGUGUGGAAUCUGAAGAAGGGAGUGGCAGUACUUUUUUCUUUUCCAUACCUUUUCCUCUUGUGCCAGUGACUGUGAGUCACGACCGGGAGUUAGUCAAGUCGGAUGGAGGAGCAGCUUUGCUUCAGAAAUCCGAGGUUACUCAAUCAAUGGAUAGUUCAGGUGUGACAGUUGUGCACGAAUCCAUCACGUUGUCAAGAAGGCGAUCCAAUCUUCAAAAUCAAGAGGAUUUGAAGCCGGCGGUAAAAAAGAAAUUGGCAACUGAAGUGCCCGAUGUGAAUAGGGAUAUACCUGAUGGCUGCACAAAACACUCGAAGCAUGAUGAGGGGUGUCAAAGGAAAGUGCUGCUUGUCGAAGAUACGCGAAUCAAUAGAAUAAUUCUACGGAAGGUGUUAUUAAACCUGAAUUUACAGUGUGAUGAAGCUGAGAACGGUCAAAUAGCAGUGGACUUUCACAAAGAAGGGAGGACAUACAAUCUUGUGUUAAUGGAUAAAGAGAUGCCUGUGAUGGAUGGCCAUGAAGCUACAAGACAACUACGAAAUAUGGGAGUGAAGACUCCGAUUGUUGCAUUAACCGGAAAUGCAUUAACCACUGAUAGAGAAUUGUUUUUCAAGGCUGGUGUGGACGACUUUCACACUAAGCCUUUGUCCAGAGAUAAACUUGUACAGCUGUUGGCACGGUUUGGAGUCGAAAGUUCGUGUUCAAAGACUUCAUGUUCAAAGAGGGUGUGAUGGAAAACCAUUCUUUGACUGUGGGGUUAUUCAGCUUUGGCUUUUUUGCCUCCUGUAACACUUAUUUGCAAAAGAGAUCUUUUAAAAAGGUGCUUAAUGCGGUAGGGGGAUUUAUUUUGGAAGCCUUCACUGUAGGUGCUGAUGGAUGUCGAAGAUGCAUACGACUGCCUGUCUAACUCGGUUUUUUUGACUCUGGCAAGCUUUGAACAUUUUGAUGUUUGCAUGCUGUUGCUGGUUUGUUGAGACCACAUUGACUGCCACGUUUCAGGGUGGACGUACAAGGUUGCGUCUUAAUUUUGACUAAAGUUAGACCUUAUUUAUAGAAGUACUUUCCGCAAUUCAUUUGCAUCUCAAUUACUUGGUAAUGUGUACUGCAUUCAUUGGAUCUGUUCUGGCGUCUGUCAUAAAUUGGCAGAAAUAAUUUAGUUGUACAUUGUCCGGCCCUGCAGCUUAUAACUGUGUUUUAACAUGAUGGUUACCUUCAGUCUUUGGUC